AUUGACGUCUAAGACCCAAAAAAAUGAAAUCCAACCACGCGGCCCUUGGACAAGGUUGGCCCGGUUUGACGACGCCGGUGCAUUGAACCUGUAUAUCCGGUUGAAGGAAGUGUACUGAAAACUACAAAACCCAUCUAUCGCGCCAAAAUUCCUGUCGUCCUGUCCUCGCCGUCAAUAUCGUUUCCCUGAAGAAGCGACACCGUUUCAGUGUCCAUCUUACCGAAUGACUCUUUCCGGUGCCCUCAUGUCCUCCGCCAUCAUCUCCUGGAAAUCCAGCGGGAGGCUUCAACAAACCAUACGGAGAUGCGUGGAGGUCAGUGGGAAGGGUCUCCACUCAGGCAAUGAAUCAACCGUGAGGUUAUCGCCGGAGUAUGCUCAGAAAGGGAGGUACUUUGAUUUCCACUCUAAAUAUUCCAUUCCUGCAUCCAUUGAUUUCGCCCAGCAAAAUUCGCCUCUUUGUACUACGCUGUCUGCUGAUCGAUUCAAAGUUCGAACCGUUGAGCACUUGCUUUCUGCUCUCGAGGCCACCGGCAUUGAUAAUUGCAAGAUUCAGAUUUUCAACAAUAAUGUCGACUCCGAAGAAGAUGAUUGCGAUUUUGAGAUUCCUAUAUUGGAUGGGUCGGCGAAACAAUGGGUUGAAGCUAUAGAAAAGGCUGGUUUGGUUGUGGCGGUAGAUGAGAGUGGCAAUAGCUGUGAAAGAAUGGCGCCUUAUUUGAAUGAACCUGUGUAUGUGUGCAAGAAUGAUUCUUUUGUGGCUGCAAUCCCAUCGCCUAAUGUUCGCUUGACUUAUGGGAUUGAUUUUUCUAAGGUUUGUGCCAUUGGCUGCCAGUGGUUUUCUUUAGCUCCUUUGGAUGAUUCUUUCUAUGUCAAACAAAUAGCUUCAUCAAGAACUUUUUGCAUAUACGAGGAGGUGGAGCAAAUGCGAAAUAUAGGACUCAUUAAAGGGGGAACAUUACAGAAUGCUAUUGUUUGCAGUGCCAGUAAAGGCUGGUUGAACCCACCACUUCGUUUCCCUGAUGAACCUUGUCGUCAUAAGAUCUUGGAUCUUAUUGGUGACCUUUCCCUGUUUGCACGGCUUGGUAAUCAAGGGCUUCCAGUGGCACACAUAAUUGCUUACAAGGGUGGCCAUGCACUGCAUGCUGAUUUUGUGUGUCGCCUUAAUGACCUAUUGAAGAAGUAACUUUGCUGUCCACAAAAAUCGAAAAGGUGUGGGCAUCUCUUAUAUAUAGAAUUUUGACUGAUUGAGAACACAUCAACUUUGUUCUGAUGAUUUAAUUCACAUGGAGAACAUACGAGUUCUGACGAGAAUUAUAGAGACGCAGCCAGUCAUGCAGCUUAUGGUAAGGGUCUUGUGUGGUUCAGUGAUCGGAAAAAAGAGGGACACCCUACGAAUCUUUUGAUGUUUCCAACCUCUAGAUUCCCCUCACGGUGAUGUAGGAUUGGGGUGCCUUGAUGCCAUGGGCUUACUGUUAAUUAUGGUGUUCUUUUAAUCUUCAUGGCAUGGUAUGUUGACCUCUAGAACCAAAUGUUUUUGAUAUUAUCCGUAAUUAGAUUUUCGUUGGUGGUAGUUUUGAUAUUGGCAUCCAUCAAAUGAAUUUAGAACUAAGGGAUUCUCAA